AUGAAUUGUGAAAGAUUUGACAUGACAGUUUUGAUUGUGGACCAUGAUGCUGUUUCUUUGGGUUUAAUUGCCAAUUUACUCAUGGCAUGGCAAUAUAAAGUUCAAACUGCCAAAGAUUCUCAGGAAGCUUUGUACAUUCUCCAAGGAUCUAAAGGCUUGAUUGAUAUCAUAAUUUCAGAGUUCAAUUUAUUAGGAAUGAAUGGCUAUGAUUUUCUAAAGCUAAUUAAAAAUGAAUUUCAAAUACCUAUAAUAAUGAUGUCCGACAACAAGGAGGAAAAAUUAAUUUUGAACAUUUUAAAAAAUGGAGCAGCACAUUUUAUUGCAAAACCUUUUUGUGAUGAAGACUUCAAAAACAUUUGGAAAUAUGUUAUGGAGGCAAAAGAAGAAAAACUAUUCUUUGAAAGCCUAUUUGUAACAAGUGAAGAACAAAAGACUAAAAAUAAGCAUAGCAAGAGAAAGAUAAAUGACAAAGAUCAAGUAGAAGGAGAUUCUCAAGUUUCCAAGAAAACAAAGCUUGUUUGGACUCCAGAACUUCAUAAUCUAUUUAUGUUUGCAAUUAAGCAAAUUGGAUUGCAUAAGGUUGUUCCCAAGAAAAUUCUAAAGAUUAUGAAUGUCCCAAACUUGACCAGGGAAAAUGUAGCUAGCCACUUACAGAAAUAUCGCAAAUUUCUGCGUGAUGUCAAUGAGAAAGGAAUGAUGGGAGGAAUAUCACAAAGAGCAUUAAGGUCUAGGUUUGCAUCGGGUCUUCCCAUGUCAUUAAUAAAGACUAUGCAAGAAAAAAGAGCAAACAAGUUUCACACCCCAACUUUUGAAAAUUUGCAAACAUUAUCAUAUCAAACCGAAAAUCAAAACAAUUAUUUUAACCUUUUCAAUAGAUUUCCAUCGCGCCAAAUUAAUAAUUUCCCUUAUGUACAAAAAGUCCCAAAUCUUCAAUAUUUGAAUCAAUUUAGUCUUGGAAAAUCAAAUCUAGAAUCUAAUAUUGGUUCGAACAAUAGUAUCUAUGACCAAAAUUCGAUUGGAAUAAACUCUUCGAAUAGUUCAUUUUUUCCGGUAAAGAAUCUACUAUAUGAUGGCGGCUCUAGUUCUAGUAGCUUUUCAUCAUCCGGAGGUGGACAAGGAUGGACUACUUCUUCAAGAACUUCAUCUUCAAGUUUCUUAACAAGAGACUUGAACUUCAAUGACAUGAGUCUUGAUAAUAAGUCAUUCAAAGGUGGUAAUGAAAUCUCUCCUCAAGCUGAAAUCACAUCAUGUAGGAUGAAAGAGUUACCAAUAAGUUCAAAUGAAAGUUCUAAAAAGUUGGAAGGAAAUAAUGGAUUUUCAAAUGAGGGAUCAUCUGAUAGAUUUACAGGAGACAAAGAGUCUAAAAAAAGUACAUCAACUAAUGAUCUGGAAUUUGAUAUGGAUAUUGUUGAAGCCUUGUUUGGUACUAUAGAUGACUAAAGAAAUUCCAGUUUGCAACUCACUUUUCUUGAGGAUCUCCUUUAUGUAUAAUGCAUUCUCAAUAGGAUUGAACAAAACUUUGACUAGCAUGAAAAUUGAAAAGGAAUUAGAGUAUGUUUCUAAGGUGUUCAACAAAACUUAUAGUAGUAGCUUUUAACAAGA